AUGGUGAGAAAGGAAGUCUACCUUUACGGCAUUGCGCCGUGCACCGCCGGCUUAGCCUUUGGAUAUGACACCGGUUCAAUGAGCGGCAUCCUCGCCAUGCCCCAGUUCCUUACCUACUUCAAUCAUCCGAGCAAUUUCCAGCAAGGCGGUAUUACCGCAUCCAUCCUCGCGGGCGCUUUCGCCGGCUCCCUUCUCACCGGUGCGUUCCUGGCGGAUCGGCUCGGCCGCCGGAGGACGAUCCUCCUGGGCUCUGCUAUCUUCACGAUCGGUAUCGCGAUCUCGACGGCCGCGAACAACGUGGCAGCCCUUGUGGCCGGACGGGUCAUUAAUGGGCUAGGCAACGGCUGUUUGACCAUGACGACAACUAUGUACCAAAGCGAAAUCGCCCCAAGAGAGAUCCGAGGUCGUAUCAUCAGCGUCUUCCAGUGCUGCGUCAAUUUCGGAAUCCUCAUCGCCUUCUGGAUCCAGUACGGCACCAGCCACAUCCAGUCCGAAGCAAGCUGGAGAACUGCCAUGGGUCUUCAGAUGAUCGCAACUGUCGCACUACACAUCACCAUGUGGUUUAUGCCCGAGUCGCCCCGCUGGCUCGUCCAGAAAGAUAAACAGGACGAGGCCCUGCAGGUACUGGCCAGAGUCCACUCUGGAGACGAUAUCAACGACCCGUACGUCCAGGCCGAGAUGGCCGAGAUUGUGGCCAAGAUUACUUUCGAGAAGAACCACCCGCCGCCUAGCUACUUUGAUCUGCUGCUAGGGACACACAAGCGGCGAAUGUGGCUCGGAAUUGGAGUGCAAUUCUGGCAAUCGAUGACCGGAAUCAAUGUAAUCAUGUACUACGCCGUCUUCCUAUUCCAGCAGGCCGGCCUCAGCAAGACCUCUUCGUCGCUUCUCGCCAACGGUCUUCAAGGCGUCGUGCUUAACCUCUUCACUUAUCCGAAUAUGUACUAUAUGGACACAUGGGGCCGACGGUGGCCCAUGGUCAUUGGCGGAGUUGGCAUGGGCAUCUCCAUGAUGGUUAUUGGCGUCCUCAUGAAGACAACCGGAAAUCCCGUGUACGACCAGUUAACGCAGAAGACGAAUUUUCAUUUCACAAGCUCGGCCGCUUCGCACACAGUCAUCGCCUUUGUGUACAUCUAUGUCGCCGUAUUUGCCAUCACCUGGGCAUGUGUCGCUUGGGUGUACCCGCCCGAGAUCUUUAGCAUGAGCAUGCGUGGCAGAGCAACAUCGAUGACCACCGCCACGAAUUGGUUUGUUAACUUCUGGUUCGGUCUAUAUAUCCCUACUGCUAUGAAAGAGAUCAGCUGGAAGCUCUACAUGAUUUUCAUGUGUUUCUGCUUCCUCAUGUCAAUUGUCAUCUUCCUCUUUUAUCCCGAGUCCGCCGGCAAGACCCUCGAGGAGAUGGACUUCCUCUUCACUAAGGGCCGCUCAGUAUGGACAUUCCUCGACCGCGAAGCCACCAAGAUCGGCGCCCUUUUCGAGCGCGACUUGGCGCAUGGCGAGGCCCUGACUGUGUUCAACGAGGAUGACAUGAUCCUUAAAGCUAAGUCUGGAAAGGGGAGCGACAGUGCGCUUGAGGCGGGGCGUGUUGAAGUGGUGGCCGGGGCAAAAUAA